UUGAAGGUGGGACUUCGCUGUGCGCCGCGUUGCUGGAUGAUUUACAGAGGACCUUAGAGUUAAAAGAAAGCUCUUUUCGGAAUUUGUAGACUCUAGAUUUCUGAGGCAACGUUAUCAGACAACAGGUGUGUCAACUAUGAAUAAUCCUGUUUACUGGGCUGUGCUCAUCGGAAUGACCGUCCUGUUAAUGGAGCAAGGGUUGCCCGUCCGCAGCCAACGGGACUCUCAGUCCGACAAUAAAGUGAUGGACAACAUAACCGUCCGGCAGGGAGAGACGGUCUUCCUCAGGUGUGAACAGGGUGACGUUGUAACACGCACAGCAUGGCUAAACCGCUCAAGUAUACUGUAUGCUGGGGAAGACAAGUGGUCAGUGGAUCCCAGAGUCAGUCUGGUGACUCUCAAUCAAGAGGAGUAUACAAUCAAGAUUGAAAAUUUGGAUAUGGCAGAUGAAGGGCAGUACGUGUGUGCGGUCCAGACGAACAGUCAGCCAAGAACAACUUCAGUGAACAUCCUUGUCCAAGUGCCACCAAAAAUCAUCAACCUGUCAAGAGAAAUCGUGGUAAAUGAAGGUUCCAAUGUUACCCUGAUGUGCCAAGCCAGUGGUAAACCACAGCCGUCAGUCAGCUGGAGACUCCUCUCCCCUUCAGGAGACCUGGUGUCAGACGAUGAGUUCCUGGAAAUACCAUCUAUCUCCAGGCGGAGAGCGGGGAGUUACCAAUGUGCAGCUGUCAACGAUAUUGACUCAGAUGUCCAGAAUGUUGACCUGACUGUUAACUAUGCUCCAGCUGUGACGGACGGCAGAGAUGUCGGCGUGACUCUGGGCCAGAUGGGAGUGCUGGAGUGUGAGGCCGAUGCAGUGCCUGAGGCAGACUUUGAGUGGUAUAAAGAUGAAAGAAGGAUCUUCAAUGAUUUUGAUGGCAUGGAAAUUGUUAAUACAGGAUCACUGUCAAAGCUGACAUUCUUCAAUGUGUCUGAUGCUGAUUAUGGAAACUACACCUGCAUUGCUGUCAACAAACUUGGGAGCUCAAACACAAGCUUCCUUCUCUAUGGCUAGAGCUUCAGGAGCUGCAUGCUGCCCUGCAGUCCCAUCCUCUGAUCAUCCCACUGCUUGCUUCCACCUGUCUGUAUGGAUGUCUGGUAGAUACCUUCUGACAUCCUGACCCGGAGUCCCGCCCUCUGACCAACUCAGUGUCUUACACACAUAGUGUUUACAUCUGCUUAUGUAGUCAUCCCUGUAGUGCACCAGUUAGCCAUUGUGUAUGUAUCUCUCCUUUCUCUGUUCUUCAUUCUCCCUAUUUUUUCCUGCCCUGCCCAGCUAACCUCCAGCAGGAGGGCCCCCCCUUAUAAACCAGAUCCUGCUCAAGGUUUCUUCCCUCCUAAAGGGGAAUUUUCCCUUGCCACUGUUUGGCUUAAGGUUUUUUCUUCCACUAGGGGAGUUUUUACCUGCCAUUGUUUAUGUAUAUGUAAUAAUUGCUUGUGGGUCAAGUUAUGGGUCUCUGGAAAGCGCUGAGAGACAACUUCUAUUGUAAUAGACGCUAUAUAAAUAAAAUUGAAUUGAAACCUUAUGAACAACAUGAUUUCAUUUUUAAUUUUAAUGUUGAAUUAUCUAUUGUGAAACCUUACAACUGAAAGAGGUUGUAGUUUCAUUGUUCAUUUGACAACAUGUAUUAACUCCUUAAAACCUGGGCUAUAUUUUUAGACAUAUGCUUAAAAAUUACAUGUCCAAAAUAAAUAAUGAUUUUCUCUGCCUUUGCAAGGUCUACAUGGACCUUGGUAUCAAAAUAAAGGCGAGACUUUGAUCUUUAAUUUAGCUGUGAAAUUUUACAUAUUUAUGCUAGUGGUAGAGUUUAAAUGAAGCUGGAAUACCACAAAAAACUUUGGAUUUCAUUUCUGGCCCAAAAAAAUAUUUUUCAGUGAAAUCGCACCUAUAAUGAUCCUGUUGCCCCCAAAAGAAUGAUUAAAAAAAACAUCUGGUUGUCACUUGUGCAAAAGUUGUGGUCAAUAAAAUAAAUCAAAGCAAAAUUAUAUAUCUUUUAGAAGAAAGAUGUCAAAUUUCACCAUUUGGCACACACAGAAUAUCUUGUAUCUUUGGGGACAAAAUAUUAUAUUUAGACACAACAGGGAAGUGUUUGGCAUUAAAUUACACAUUUUUGCACAGAUAAUGCAUGCCCCAUUUUGCUACUUUUACUAAAAAGGAAACUACAGUAUGGACAAGAAAUGAAAUUUGCCUUCAUCUGGAUAUUAGCACUAGCCUCACUCAUAAGCAUUUCCAAAACUUAAUCUACUGUUAGUUUGUUUGGCAUUUUUUCUUCAUUUUAGGGUUAUUUUGUGGCAUAGACGGGUACUUUCACAGAAUUUAUUGCACCUCAAUGGACCAAAACUGGUAAACAUACUGUACUUCAAGUAUCUUCUUCAUCACAAAAAUAUACAGUAUAAUAUAGCAAUUAAGUGCUGUUAACUCUCUGUACAUUUUCUUAUCAAUAAAAGUAAACAGAUUAA